ACCAUCUAAUGAGUCUGGGCUUACUGGCUGAACGUUGGCUCAGUUCGGCAGCUCAGUGUUUGUUCUGUAAAAACCGGUUUGUCCAGAGCCUGCUGCGUUUAGUUUGGCCUCCGGUGCAAAAGCCAGAGACGCUCAGUUCGCUGUGACGAGAAAUCAGAAAAUAAAUGUUAGGCAUUUUUGCAUGAAAUACACUUGAACAACACUGUACAGGAAUAAUUACUCAGCUAGCGAACCAUUGGGCUGCUGGUGGGACCAGUGGGCGUGCAGCCUCAGCCCAACCUGGCGGCUUAAUGAUUGACAGGAGCUGCUGGUUCAGGUGAUUGCCCAACAUGACCGAGUUCCUCUGUCACAGUCGGGCCUGGCAGUCUGGCCAUCAGCCUCUAGCAGCUGCUCACUUACAAACAACGUGCAAUUCAUGUAGAUUUUAUUAAUUUUAGAAAUGUGACCCAGAAGACUUGUAGGAGUGUGUCGCACAGUGAGAGGCCGUGCAGGACUCACCCUCUAUUUUAGUCUGGUGAGUCCUGGUUUUUAUCAGCUCCUCAUGUUUCAGUGUUUUAACCUGCCACGUUUGCACACAAAGCCACUGAAGAAGAACCACACUGGUCGUGUUGUUGGGGUUUUCACCGGGUGUGGAUUUGGGACGUGUCUGCAUGCAGGAGCUGCACAGUACCCAGUGGUCAGUCAGAACCUGGUGACAGAUAAUGUGUCUGUGGUGGAGGGUGAGAUGGCGAUCAUCAGCUGUCGGGUGAAGAAUAAUGAUGACUCCGUUAUCCAGCUGCUCAACCCCAACAGACAGACAAUUUAUUUCAGAGACAUGAGGCCACUGAAAGAUGCUCGCUUUCAGCUGGUGAACUUCUCAGACAACGAGCUGCGAGUGUCGCUGUCUAAUGUCUCGCUGUCAGACGAGGGUCGAUAUGUUUGCCAGCUCUACACAGACCCCCCGCAGGAAGCCUACGCUGACAUCACUGUGCUAAUUCCACCAGGUAACCCCAUCAUCGAAGCCAAGGAUGAGUUGCUGAGCGAGGGCAACGAGACAGAGAUGACCUGCACUGCCAUGAGCAGUAAGCCUGCUGCCACCAUCAGAUGGAUGAAGGGAGAUAAGGAGCUUCCAGGCAAGCCCAAAGUGGAGCUGACCUAUGACAAGAUGUACACAGUAACCAGCCGGCUGACAUUCACAGUCAAUAAGGAGGAUGAUGGUGUACCUGUGGUUUGCAUUGUUGACCACCCUGCAGUCAAAGACUUCCAAGCACAGAAAUAUCUGGAGGUUCAGUACAAACCAGAAGUAAAAAUCGUGGUGGAAUUUCCUCAGGGUCUGACCAGGGAAGGAGAGAACCUGGAGCUGACAUGUCAGGCCAAAGGCAAACCCCAACCACAGCGGAUAAACUGGGUGAAGGUGGAUGACGAUGUGCCAUCCCACGCCGUCAUCACUGGUGGUGAUCUUUACAUCGAAAAUCUAAACAAAUCAUACAAUGGAACCUACCGCUGUGUGGCAUCCAACUCAGUGGGGGAGGCUUAUGACGACUACAUCCUCUACGUAUAUGAUGCUCCCACCACCACCCCUAAACCUACCACAGCCACCACUACCACCACCACCAUCACAACCAUCAUCUCCUACCCUGAAGCCAAUCAAGACACUGCGCCCAGCACUGAACCUGCAGCUCAUGACUCACGAGCUGGAGAAGGAGCGCCCAGAACGGUGGACCAUGCAGUGAUCGGCGGAGUGGUGGCCGUGGUCGUCUUCGCCAUGCUCUGUCUUCUCAUUGUCUUGGGGCGCUACUUUGCAAGACACAAAGGUACUUAUUUCACACAUGAAGCCAAAGGAGCAGACGAUGCAGCAGAUGCAGACACAGCCAUCAUCAAUGCAGAGGGUGGCCACACCAACUCAGACGAAAAGAAAGAGUACUACAUCUAAUCAAAACAGGACCCCUCGCUCUUGUGUUCUCUUUGGGACACCAAGCUGCUUUGGGGGCUGGGGAAGGGGUAGAGGGGGUUGAUGGAGGGAUUUGAGUUAGUUCAGGAUCAGCUUUAGUGAGAGUAGAGGGGUCAAGGAGUAAGAGAAAUGGGGUUUAAAAGAAAGGCCUGGUUUUAAGCCGUUGUUUAGUCUAGUCUGCAAAUGUAGAUGGAAUGUUUUGUGUGUAAAAAAAAAUAAAAUAAAAUCAAAAAAGGAGUAAUAAAAUGGAAGGGUUUGGGUUUUUGAUAAAUUGAGAGGGGGGUGGGUUGGGGGAUUGGGUUGAGAGGGUGCGCCAGAUGUUGCCAGAAGUCACUGUAGAGAGCUUCACCAUUCAACACCUCCCUAACUGCUGGUACAAUUUUUAUUUAGUUCAACCAUUUGCAGAAAAUUCUGUGCCUUGUUCUGAAUUUUUUGGUUCUAGCCAUUCUUUGAAUUUGGGUUGUUCUUCAUUUGCAUAACCACAUCGCUUCCCAUUUUCUCUUUCCCACUCAUAAUUACCAAUGUGCUGUUGGCUUUUGUAUGAGGGUAAAAUUACACAGCCACUUUAUUCAUUUUCCUAAAUGUGUCUCCACACAUGCAUCCUCUCCUGCAUAACACAAAACUAUUUCCAGUAUACUGUGAUUUGUCUCAAGCCAUUACUUCCCACUCCCUGAAGUUUUGACAGCUCCAAAAAUGCAUGGAAUGCUUUACAUAUCAUUGUACAAAGGACAUAAAUGAGAAACAGGUUUGAUGUACUGUAAAUGCCCUCCCUUGCCCCCUCUUGAACACAAUCGCAUUCAAACAAUAACCAUAAAUAAAGCAUAAUAGAAAUGAUAAUAAAAUGAUCUUCCUAUUCCAAUUGUUUUAAAAUGCUCUGUCAAAAUCCCUCAGUAAUAAAAGACCGCUGAAAAAACAUUUGGCUUUAAUAUUGGCCAACCAGCAGUCAAAUGAUGACGGUGUACUGUAUAUAACUUUACGAAAGAGAAAAAGCCUUACCCUAACUCCACACUGAAACACAUGCAGAUUUAUGUUACUUUUAGGAAUUCAUAAACUGCACAAAACAUGAAAAAAAAGGUCAUGGUAGUCCAGGUUCUCCCAUAAUGGUUCAUGUUAUAUCAUAGAUACACAAUCCAAUGUAAAUCAAGCCAAUGGAAUCACAGCUGAAUUGUACACUAAUCCUUACUAAGAAAUAUUUUUUACAACUUACUAGAAUUACAAUGGAGUACCUUUGUGGAUUUUACUGUAUCAUGCUCAUUGUGAGUUUUGUUAAAAUGUAAAACCAGCAAAUGUUGGGAAAGUAAAUGUAUUCAAACUGUAAUGCUCUGAGAGACAGGUCAGUCAUUCCACUUACAUCACACCUUCUGAAAAUAUAGCCUGUGGUUUUGCUUUUAUACAGCAGCUUGAGUGCUUAAACAUUUGAUAUUUUUGCAUGUCUGUAUGUGCUAAAACCCAUUAUUUCUGCUUCUCUCUCUUGCUUUACAGUAUGUAUCACCUGCCAAAACUGAAUGAAGCUCCAUUUUGCUUUGCCUGCUAGGGAGCACUGGGGAAUGCCAAAAGUAAUUCAUUGUUUGAAACAGAACCUAAUACACAUUUUGUGCUCCAUGGUGUUAAUCCAUGGUUUGCAUUAAUGCCCUGGCUUCUUAACAUGGCAAUGAGGGACUAUUGAUGGAAUUGUUGAUCAUUAUAAUGUGUUCACACAGCAAGCAGCUGGCUUAAUGAGUUCUUACUCUAUGUGACAGUUGUGGGUGGCAUGAGGUGGAGCUCUACAUUACAGUGUACACCUUCAAUGUUUUGAACAGACAACGCUUGAAUAUGCCAUGGCUUUGUAUAUCAUGAUAUAAUUUUGAACAUUUUAAUGAUUCAAAUGAGAAACGUAUCAUUAACCCCAACAUGAGCUUUUAGACAGUGUUUCUCAUUUUAGCUGUUUUUAAGAUGUCAGAAUGAUGAUUUCUGCUACAGCUUUCAUAUGGUAAUGGUGAUUGAAGGUUCUCAUCAGUGAUAACACCAAGAUUCUUGACACAGGUGUUCAGAACCCUAGACUCAGGGUACUCAUGAGCACCAGCCUUCCUUCUUUAUUGCUGAAAAUAAUUAUUUCAGUCUUGUCUUCAUUUAGUUGAAGGAUGUUUUGUUGCGUGCUGUUUACUUUCUCAACGCUUAGACAUAAGUCUAUAGGACCAUAAUCAUUUGGUGAGAACACUAGAUAGAGCUGGGUGUCAACUGUGUACCUAUGAUAAGCAACCGCAUGCCUGUGAAGAAUUCAAAAAAGAGGAAGUGUAUACAGGGUGAAUAGGAGAGGCCCAAGAAUCAAUCCUUGUAGGACACCGUAUGCCAUGGCGGUUCUUUUGGAUUCAAAAUUAGUGAUACUUACUACAUGUCCCCUGUCAUCUAAAUAUUAUCUGAACAACCUGAAAACCAUUCCUGAUGGCCUGGCACAAUUUUCCAGUCUAUCUAGAAGCAUUUUAUGGUCCACAGUUUCAAAAGCUGCAGUAAGCUCUGAUAACAUCAAGAUUGUUAGACCCCCCCCAAAUCAUUAUUCAGGCAAAUGUAAUUUAAAAUCUUUAUGUAAGCACUUUCAUUGCUUUGAUAUGAACAGAAACCCAAUUGAAAUCUGUCAAAGAUUUCAAUUUUCUAUGUGUUUCCUUUAAAUCUUUUGGUUUUUAGUUGUAAUUUUUCAUUUUUAAAAGCAUGUUUCUUUUAUCAUAAAUAUCAAUAUAUUGCUCAAAUCCAGUAACAGUAAAACUCACACAGAAAAUUCCACUGAACACCUCUUUUACAUUCAACCUUCUCUGGGAUUUUAAUUUGACUUUUUGGGACUUAAUGCUGUUGUUUGCCUUGUGUACACGUAUCUAAGAUUUAAUACUUUAUUGCCAUGUUAAAGCAUUUGAUUAGAUUGUGUCAAUGUUCAGCUCAGAUUGCAACACAUUAACAGUGUGAUAGCUUUAAUAUAUCAUGAUCACGCUUGAAGACAACAUUCAGUCUUUCCACAGAGAUUGUAGGUUUUGGCAAUUGAGAAGGUUCUUGUUGUGAGCAUUGUGCAAAUUUCACUUUCCUGAACAUAAUGCUUCUGUGCAUUUUUAGAAGUUCAUAUUUUUUUCCAUAAUUUAAAAAGACAGCACAUGGGCUGGAUAGUGCUGCAGACAUGUUCUUAGCUUUUUCAUUGGAUGCAGCUAUCUUCGUGGAGGGAAUGGGGGAAUGUUGCAGGCAAAGAUCAGAAAUGCUGUGUCCAACUCUCUCCCACUGUUUGUCCUUUUGUUAAAACUUGAGUUAAUUUAAAAGUUCUGUACUCAUAAGAGUUACCACUAAGUUAACACUGUAUACUGAUGACACUGUUUUGUGUUUGUUACAUGCUGGGUGGGGGUUAUGAUUAGGUUAGAUGUCUUAUGGUCUGGUGUCUGAUAAAACUAUUAACUGGCUUGUUAUUGUUGCUUUAUGAAUCACAGAGCAGAUGUCACUUCAUCUGUAAGACAGGUUGUGUGAUUUGUAUUUUACAGUGAGCACUGUUUUGCUUCAGUGACACGUGGCAGCUUCCAUUUAAAUCAGACUUCAAAAAAUGUACUUGCCAAUAAAGGAAUCAAACUGAAUAUUGUCUUCUCCCAUAAGGCUGAUGCAUUAAUAUUUUUUUAAAGAAUAUUAACCCUUUAAAGCUGGGCAGACACUGUAUGUAUUUGACCGCAGUUUGGCCCCGAAUCAGUCGCCCCUGACUAAUUUUGGAAUCGAAAUGAGUUUUAGCUGAUCAGUUGUUAUUUGAUGUGCAGUGUGAGUGAUUAAUCACCCAAAGGGUCUGGCUCCUGGAUGAUCAGGUGGAUUAAUGGCAUGACAGAAAUUUUGGUCGGCUGUGUUGCCGCUUGAGUGGAUCCACGGUAGGAUUUCCAGCAAUUGCUUGUAAAAUGUUUAUAGUGCACUUGCUUGAGUAAAAAGACAACAACAUAACAAUAUGGCACAAAUGAGAUGCUGCAUUAUGGGAACAGCAACAGGAGAAUUAUUGGCAGGAUAACACCACUGUUCCUCAGCUGUCCCUUCUUUGUGUUGACAUCAGUUUUCAGGACAUCUUGUACAAAUAGAAUUUUAUUGGAAUUGUUAAUGAACACACAGUGUUUGGGGGUUCUGUUAAAUGUUCAGUAUGAGCGCUCACACCAUGCAUGGUUGAGCAAAUGUACAGUAAAUUGUGACCUGAGAAGUGGCAGAUUCAGACCAUGCAGGAAGGCUGAUUAAAACAUCAUUCAUGAUAAAUAAAAACCACAGUGUCUGCCCAGCUUAAAAGGAGGAGUGCUUCUCCAGAAAUGUUUUUUUUAAUAAUAAGAGCGUUUGUUCUUCCAGAAUUCCAAUAUGAAAAGUAACAUGAACAAAACAACAUAAAACUAAAACUAGAAGGGUUUAAAUACUAAGAAAUGGUGAGGAUCCAAUCUGAAGUUAAUAGAGGGAUGACAUUUAAUGUUAUUUUAUGUAUCAUUUAAUUUUCUAUUAAAUGCCCAAUAAAGUAUAAAAAAAAAUAGAAAUGGUCUUACAGUGUAACUGUACCAUAGUUUUCUCCAUUCAAUUUUUUGAUAAUGUCCUGUCUCAGGUUCAUACGUUGCUGACUGAUAUGACUGCAUCUCAGGUAGAAAGAAAAGUUUAGGCCCCACCUAUCAGUGACAUAAAAGCAAGUACAAUGCAUCCUCAUCAAAUCAAGUACAACACAUUAUUUUACACCCAAAAGGCAAAAUUGGUAAGAUAUUUUGCAUAUAUGUUGUACAUGUUUUCUGUAUUUUUCUUAAUAUUUGGUGCACUGUAAAAAAUGUGUUAAGUAUUGCUUUGUGUUGGCAUAGAUCAUAAAGAGUACACUGUUUAUUGAGAUGAACCAGGAUCAGAAACUUGUUGUGGCUGUACUACUGUCACUUUCAAUGCACCAUCGCCUUUGGAAGCUUGCUUGAUUCCCAAAAAGGUUUUUAUUGUUUCACCAGUCAUUGUUUUUAGAUUGAUUCUUUUUGUAUCUCUGCUGUUCUUGGAAAAUGUUAAUGUGUAAUAAUGGAGACAAGGAGUUCCACAUUCCCAUACACAUUUUGUAUUGGUUCAUAAAUAGACAUUUUUACAAAACAAUGAAGAGUUCUUGUCUUAAUAAAAAAGAAAAGAUAUUAAUGUCCA